AUGGUAAUACAAAUGAUUGAUCAUUUAUUGAUUUUCUCUUUAUUAUUAUGUCCAAUAAUUAUUUGGGCUGAAUUAUCAUCAUCGUCAUCAUCAUCAACAGCAUUAAUGACUACAAUAUCUCCUGUAAAAUUAAUUCAUUCUAAAAUAAUUUAUUCAAUGGAUAUGAAUCCAAUUGGAAUAUGUCAACCACCAUGUUUAAAUAAUGGAAUAUGUCGUCGUGAUCGUCAUCCCCAUAGUAAUAGUAGUAGUAGUAGUAGUAAUAAUGAUAAUUUAAAGGAAAAUGAUUCAAAAUGUAUUUGUACACCAGAUUUCAAAGGGAUUGAUUGUGGUGAAGAGACAGAAACAGAUUUAACAAAUUGUCAAGAAUCAACAUGUAAAUAUGGUGGAACAUGUGUUGGUACAUCAAAAACACCAAAAUGUUUAUGUAAAGAUCAUACACGUGGGAAACGAUGUCAAAGACAUGACCUUAUAUUUGUCGUAGAACUUAAAAUAUACGAUAAUGGCAAAGAAGCUGUCUGGCAAAAAGACUUUGAAGACAAGUCAAGUUAUUUAUCUACCAUUAAAGCAUUAGAUGUUUGUAAACUUCUUAAAUUAAGUAUCAUUCGUGGAUCAAAUAUACAAUUAUCGAAUUCAUUUAUUGAUUGUUAUUUAAUUACUUAUCAUAAAAUAUCAGUCAUAAUUGAAGUUGCAUUAAUAUUAGAUAUAGAAUUAUCAUUAAUUCCAUUGAUAAAUUUAACAUUAAUACAAAAUCAAAUUAUGACUGGAUUAAAAACAAUGGAUCCAAGUUUAAAUGAAUUCAAAACCAUUUCAUUAGAUGAUAUCAUUUCUGGGAAUUCAUCAACGUUUGCAGUUCAUGUUCAUGAUCCUUGUAAAAAUGGUAAUCAUGAUUGUUCAAUAAAUGCUAAAUGUAUUGUACAACCACAAGGUACUUAUUUAUGCGAGUGUAAUCCUUUUACAAUUGAUGCAUCAUUCGAUGCUAAUUAUCCUGGACGACGUUGUAUGUAUGAUGGUUUAAUUAUAUUAGCAUUUGCUAUUAUUGGUGGCUUCAUUUGUACACUUACUGUACUUAUUUGUGGAUGUCGUCGAACAAUAUGGCGAAGAUAUCGUCGUGGACCAGAAUCUAUUGAUUUAAUUAAUAUGCCAAGAAAUUAUGAUAUUUAAAGAAGAAGAAGAAGAAAAAAGCCCAAUUUGUUUUGUCACAUGUUUGUUUAUUUGUAAAAACAAAAACAAACAACACAAACCUGGAUACAUGUUUCCCUUUCAUUAACAAUACAUGUAUAAUGUAAAUGUCUAUUCAGAACUAUUUGUUCAUUAGAAUGAACUUAUUGCCAAGUCUCC